UCGAUUGGCAGGGUCGCGUGCAAUCGAUACUUUGACAGCUCUCACAUAUUUUAGUUUUGGUUUUUAAAAUAAAAUGGAAUGCAACGCGAAUGCAGCGUGUUUCAAGUAGCUAAAAUGUGGCCAAGGUUUAGUCCAGUGUCGCCGCCAAUCGCAGAUCAAAACCGUGUGCGCCUAUAACAAGAGAUAAGCCCCGAAAACGAUAGUAGAAAACCGACCCCCAUUCGCAGUGUGUGUGUACAGAGGGCGAAGCGAAGCGAAGGCUCGACUCAAACCAAUUGCAAUAUCAAAAAAGUGGAAGUGGAAGGUGGAGUGGAGUGGCCAGGGAGCGAGAGACACCGCCAUCGCCACUUGCAUCGCCGCAUCCGCAAUCGGGUUACAUACGACACUCACAUACCAUACAGCACACAGACCAAACUUUUACUUUUCCAAUCCGAUAUUGUUGGGGAAAAUUUGCCACAAGAAAAUAUAUAUAAAAAGGAAGCGUGCACUAGUGGCGACAUGAGAAUUUGUUUGAUUUCUACACACUGCAUGUUUGAAUUAUUGUAACGCCAAGAAUCACAGUGAAGCCACAAGCACGUACAUCCAUAGAGCGCCCCUAGAAAGUCGCAUAGACCGCCCAAACAUGAUGAUUCAAGAGCCCGUGCAGGCCGCCAUAUGGCACUGCCUGAACUACUACGACUUCAAGGAUGCUGUUUUCCUGGCGGAGCGCCUGUGCUCAGAAGUGGAGAGCGACGAGACGAUAUUCCUGCUGGCCACCAGCUACUUCCGAUCCAAUCAGGUGCACCAGGCAUACUGGCUGCUCAAAGAGAAGGCACGUCGCUCGCCGCAGUGCCGCUUCCUGCAGGCCAAAUGCGCCUAUGAGCUGAAGAAAUACGCCGAAGCGGAAAGCGUUCUGAUCUCGACGGGAUUCGCGGACGCCAAGAACUGCGAUGAACUGCAGCGGGACUUUGGGGAUCUGGCCUGCUUCGCCUAUCAGUUAAUGGCCCAGAUCUGUGUGAGGACCGAGCGAAAUAAACUGGCCGUCAGUGCUUUAAGGCGGGCCCUCAAGCUUAACCCAUUCAUGUGGCACGCCUUCGCUGAUCUGUGCCUGCUGGGCCAGGACACAGAUGCGGCGACCAUAUUCCAGAUCCACAGCACAGAUGUGUUCAAUACCUGCCAAGGCAGCAGUGCCAAUGCCAAUGCAAUGGUGCUGUUCGGCGCCGAGCAGCAAAGUCAACAGCAUCAGGAGCGCCAGUCGCUGAUUACCAACCUAUGCAACUCUAACUCCAACUACAUUCUGACCACGCCCGUGGAUCAGCAGCAACAGAAUCAGCAGCAGGUGCAGCAGAUCAACCAGAAUCAGAACCACAACAGCAACCUGGUGACGCCCAUUAACAAUAAUAAUAAUAACAACAAUCUCAAUAGCUCGAUCAGCAUGCUGCGCGGCGGUUUGGUGCAAAACUCCAGCAUGCUGGCGAUGCUGGAGGACACGCCUAUGGGAUAUCCUCAGGACACGGCCGGUCAGCAUCAGCAGCACCAGCAGCUGUACGACAUGAGCAGCGGCACACCCUUUCGCAAGCAGUUCAAAUACCUUUCGGCCCUCUCACCGCCAACUCCGAGCUUCGGCAUCAUGCCACUGACUAGUCCCUGCACCGGCAACGAUGGCUCCUUCAUCGGCAACCACACGCCCGUUAUGAAUAUUAGCUAUUCGCCGAUGCCGCAGAUGCUGGUCGAGGUCAACCAGGAGCCGAAGAUGAUGGGCAAAAAGCUGAAGACACAUGUGGGCGGUCUCAUCAAUCGCAAGGAGGGCAGCCUUAAUAAACCCGCCGUCUUUACGCAAGCCGGAAACAUAACGCCCCGCACCCCGAACAACAAUAAUGUGGGCAACAAUGGCAAUAUGAAUGUGCCGCCCAAUCCAAAUGCUGCAGUGCGUCGCAGUUCGCGGCUGUUCAGCAAUUCGUAUUCGGUGAAGGAGAACAAUAAAUCGCCCAACAUAGCCAACAAGUUCGUGCAGCCACGUUCGCCGCCCCGCAAAACCAAGUCACGGAUGACCAAGAUCUGCCUGAAUAACGAACUGAUCGAGGAGAAGUCCCACCACCUGUCCGAGAAGCGCAAGGAGAAGGUGGAGACUAUUACUUCCUCAGGAGCGAAUAAUAACAGUGGUGGACGCAGUGCCGCCGAGGAGGCCAAGGUUCUGUUGAACAAUAGCUUAAACAACGCCCAGACGAUGGCCCACCAGCUGAUGGGACUCAAGAAACAGUCGGCCGAUGGGCUGAUGGCCCUUCUGCGGGAUUUGGCUGAAGCCUAUCAACUGCUUUCCAACUUCCAGUGCAAGGCGGCCAUCAAGCAGCUGGAGACGACGAUACCAAAGCACCACCUGAACUCCAGCUGGGUGCAGUCGCUUAUCGGACUGGCCAGGUACGAGAUGCGCGAGUAUGAGGCGGCGGUGGCGAUAUUUGAAAGCAUCCACAAGGCGGAGCCAUGCCGCUUGGACUACAUGGAGAUAUACUCGUCAUCCCUGUGGCAUUUGCAGCGUGAGGUGGAGCUCUCUGCUCUUGCCCAGGAUCUGAUUAACCAGGACAAAACUAGCCCGGUGACCUGGUGUGUCUCCGGAAAUUGCUUCUCGCUGCAAAAGGAGCACGAAACAGCGAUCAAGUUCUUCAAGCGGGCUGUCCAAGUGGAUCCAGACUUCGUCUACAGCUACACACUGCUGGGCCAUGAACUCGUACUCACCGAAGAAUUUGAAAAGGCGAUGGACUACUUCCGGGCCGCAGUGGUUAGAGAUCCACGGCAUUACAACGCUUGGUACGGCAUCGGCACCAUAUACUCCAAGCAGGAGAAGUAUGAGCUGGCUGAAAUUCACUAUGUGAAGGCACUGAAAAUCAAUCCGCAGAACUCGGUGAUCCUCGUGCACAUCGGCGCCAUGCAAUUCUACAUGAAGAAGAAGGAUCUGUCGCUGCAGACCCUAAACACGGCCGCCACGCUGGACCCAAAGAACCCGCUUACUCGAUUCCACCGCGGCUCCAUCUAUUUCUCUUUGGGCAAGUACCAGGAGGCGCUGCGCGAACUGGAGGAGCUUAAGGAAGUCGUGCCCAAGGAGUCUGUGGUGUUCUAUCUGAUCGGCAAAAUCCACAAGACGCUCGGCAACAUGGAUCUGGCGCUGAUGCACUUCAGCUGGGCCACCGACCUGGAUCCCAAGGGUGCCAACAAUCAAAUCAAAGAUGCCUUCGACUCCAUGGCCCAUCCCAGCUGCUGUCCGGCCAACACUACGGCCCUGGACGUUGAUCUGGAGCCCACUUCGGAGCGUUCCGAUGACUCCACGCAGGCGCAGCAGGACGGAAGCUACGACAGCGACUACUAGGGAGCUGCGCCUCCAAAUUCACGCGGUUGUAUAUACGUUAAAGAGAAACACAGUAAACAAAGGAAAACUUAGUAACAGAUACAAAAACCCAGAUCGAUUGCUGCUGUAUUGUCGUAGAGGAAAGGAAACCAAUUAUGAAGUAUAAUAAAGUCUAGAUAACGUUUAGCAUUAGUAA